AUGGCGCCGACAUCUAGACGGCUGCGCCUAUCUAAUCCAAGCAGCCGAAAUCAACGGAUUCUCUGGAAAAGAAGAACAGGCGCUCUUCUGGUGCUUCGCACGAAUGGAUCAGACGUCUGCGGUGGUCUUAUCUCCGAAGAAGAAACCAUCAUCCCCAUUCACCACUGGAUCCCCAAAGACAUGAGUCCGGCCGAAGCAUCCCAGCACUUCCUAGCCUCCAAUAUAUCCGCCUUCGAUACCUACGCAAACUAUACCGUGUACCUCUGCGCACAGACACUCGGUGUCCUCUUCAAUCCCUCAUCUCAACUUCCUCCGUCCUGUGUAACUUGUCGAUACCUAGGCAGUCCAGAUGAUCGAGAUACCUACGUGCAUCGGUGGAAACGCCUUUUUGAUAGCGUCGAAGAGUGGUACGAUAAUCGGCCGAACCAGAUGAAGUCGAUCUUUGUCAUACCGGCUACAGCGGGGCCGGGGCAGGAGAGGCCGUUUCCGACGGUACUGUAUGGAAAUGGAGCUGCUAUCUCUGGUAAUCAGUUGUAUCACGCGUGUGCGUUACUGUUGCUUCAGCGGAAGCCGAAGACGCUUUCUCUUUCCCGGCGGCCGAAAUCCGUCCUCUGGCAUGCCAGGCAAAUCUGCGCUAUCUCCGCUUCUAAUACCCAUCACGGCUGCUGGACAAACGCCCUCCAACCACUCUGGCUAGCUGGUAAAGCCAUGUCUCAUCAUUCUGAACACACGGCAAUUAUUGAAACAUUGGCACGUAUUGAGCGUGAGACUGGUUGGGCUACAGCAUGGAGAGUCGAGGAUCUGAAAGACUUCUGGGGAGAGGAUGACGACAUGGAUGAAAUGGAGCCGAUGAGAAUAGAUGUGGAGGGGGACGUGAGUCUGCAGACUCCGCGGAGUAUUCGGAGCCUUUAA